UAGCGUCAACAUCAUGUCAGGUCGUGGAAAAGGUGGAAAAGCCAAGGGAAAGAGCAAGACCCGGUCCAGCAGGGCAGGGCUCCAGUUUCCCGUCGGUCGUAUUCAUCGUCUCCUGCGCAAGGGCAACUACGCCGAGCGUGUGGGAGCAGGCGCCCCCGUUUACCUGGCCGCCGUGCUCGAAUACCUCGCUGCUGAAGUGCUCGAGUUGACGGGCAACGCCGCUCGCGACAACAAGAAGACGAGGAUCAUCCCCCGUCACCUCCAGCUGGCCAUCCGCAACGACGAGGAGUUGAACAAGCUGCUGUCGGGCGUCACCAUCGCGCAGGGUGGCGUGUUGCCCAACAUCCAGGCCGUCCUCCUGCCCAAGAAGACGGAGAAGAAGGCCUAA